AUGGCCAAUUCAUCACGUGGACAAAAUGUGUACAUGGCCAAGUUGGCUAAGAAGGCUGAGCGGUAUGACGAAAUGGUUGAGUUUAUGGAGAAGGUUGCAAAGACAAGAACUGUUGAAGAAAGGGAUCUUCUUUCUGUGGCUUACAAGAAUGUGAUUGGUGCAGGAAGGGCUUCAUGGAGGAUAAUCUCUUCAAUUGAGCAGAAAGAGGAAAGCCGUGGAAGCAAAGACCAUUUUAACAGUAUUAAAGAAUAUAGAGCCAAAAUUGAGGCUGAAAUCAGCAAGAUCUGUGAUGGGAUUUUGAAUCUGCUUGAGUCCCAUUUAGUACCAUCAGCCUCAACAGCCGAGUCUAAAGUGAUUUACUUGACGAUGAAAGGUGAUUACCGUAGGUAUUUGGCUGAGUUUAAAAUAGGGGCAGAGAGGAAAGAAGCCACAGAGAACACUCUAUUAGCCUACAAUUCUGCUCUGGUAGGUGAUAAGAGAUUUACCUUUUCACUGUAUCACCUGGUUAAUGUAUGUAACAGUGAUUCGAGUUGUUUGUGCGGGAUAUUGCAUUGGAUGAACUGGCUCCUACUCACCCAAUCAGGCUGGGACUUGCCCUUAAAUUUUCAGUGUUCUAUUAUGAAAUUCUUAACUCACCUGAUCAUGCUUGUAACCUUGCAGAGAAGGUCUGUUUGUUUUCAGCUUAUCCUCAAGUUUCAAGUGGUCUAAACAGAGUAUAUAAGAUCUUAUUUGUAUGAUAGGAGUUCUGAUACCUAGUCAGAGCUUUUCACAUAAUUGGGAUUCUCCUCUCUAAAUAAAAGAUGUGACUAUUUCUAAAUAAUAGAUAAGAUUUUAUCGUUUAACUUAAAAAUAUGAUAAACAAAACAAAACACAAUCAUCGGUCACUGUGAUAACUGAUAAUGAUUCCUGUUGUUUAUCUAUGUCAAAAGCUCUCCUCAAUCUGUUUUCCCUGUAUUCGAUGAGCUCUUGGUAGAUAAUUAAGAGUGUGUUAUCUAAAAAUGGACUUCUACGACAGGGGCACCGAUAAAGUGAUCCAUAUCUCCACAACUUUUAUAUUGGAUUUCCUCUAAAAUGCUUAUUUGUUGUGGUGUGUCAGGUAGAUAUAAAAGUGGCUCCUCGAUGAUAAAGAACGGCCGGGUUGCUGCUACCAUGGAGAACCCAAAGCUUGUCGUUGUAUAUUUUGCGGUGUAGUUCAUUUCUGUUUGGCAGUCAAAUACAGUAGGUGCAAUCUUUCUGACUUGUUCCCUCCAGGAUACAACAGCCCGAACACGUCGUAUAACUCAACGAACUCUGGACAAGAUGUUGAGUCCAAAGCUCCACAAAAAAAACACCUUCCUUCAACUAAUAAACUCUUUUAUUUUUCACUUUCCUCACUUUUCCUCUCUACACCCACAAGUUAAGGAUUGAACUUAU